AUGUUAGUACUUUUAUAUGUGCGAUGUUUCAUUUUUAUUACAAAUUUUAUUUAUGUGCAUGGAUUUGGCAUGAAUUUAAUAGAAGUACCUGAAGAAGAUAAAUCGCAGGUUGUUUGCACAAUAGCAUUACUACAAAAAUAUUUCAAUUCUGGCGAAUACCAGCAUGGUUUCGUUUUAUCGAUGAGUAUAUCGUCCACUUUUUUAAACAUACAAGAGAACUUAUUACGUGCAUUGCAUGCGAAUUCCAGUUAUCCGUGGAGUGUAGUGGUUAGGGAUCCAAAAAAAAAGGGAAUUAAAAAUCCAACACAAACUGUUCUACAUGAGAAACCGCAAUGUUAUUUUGUAAUUUUAGAAAAUUUAGAAGACGAAGAUUUAGAAGAUGUGUUUCAAGAUUGGAAGGAAACAGUUAAUUGGAAUCCACUUGCACAGUUCGUUGUGUAUUUAGCUUCGAUAGAGGAAACGGAUGAAGAAAUGACGGAACUUAUGAUAGAAAUUUUGCUGAGUUUUAUGAAUAAGAAAAUUUAUAACGUUAACGUUAUAGGACAGAACGAAGAGAAUGUACUUUACUAUGGCAGAACUGCUUUUCCAUAUAACCCAGAUAAUAAUUGUGGCAAUCGUGUUAUUGCAGUGGAGACUUUAGAUAUAUGCGAUUAUCAGGAUAAGGAAAGAGACGAGAAUGAAAAAGAUUAUGAAGAAACUGAAAGUUCAAAUGAAUAUUUGUCUAAUGAAGGUGGUGAAAAUGAUGGUGGUGAAAAUGAAGAUGGAAAUGACAACACUCUUGACAACAGAAAUGAAACUGAAAUGACGGUGGACUCAAAUGAAUUUGAAAAUAACAGAAAUUCAAGUAGUGAAAACAGUUUUGGAUUCUCCAAAUUAAUUACAAAUGAAUCAAGUACAUUGGAAUUUCCUAGAAUUAUUGUGGAAGAAAUAAGUAACUCGUCGUUUAGUAGCAAAUUUCCAAAUGAUUUGAAUGGUUGUCCACUCGUGGUAGCCUACAGACCAUGGGAACCAUACAUCAUGAGUGAAACAGAAAGUAUAACGUAUAAAGAAGAGAUUGAGGAAAAUUCGCAUGAAUCGGACUUUGAAGGUAGCAGUGAGAAUACUUUUGAUGAUAUGACAUUUACAGGUAUAGAGUAUAAAAUGGUACAGACCAUUAGUGAACAUUUACAUUUGACAAUUAAUAUGCAAGUGGAAAAUAAGAACUUGUAUCAAUUGUUUCAACAAUUAAUCGAUGGAGAUAUCGAAUUAAUUUUUGGAGGUAUUGAUGAAGAUCCAAGUAUUAGUCAAUUUGUUUCGAGUACAAUACCCUAUUAUCAGGAUGAUUUGACAUGGUGUGUCGCAAAAGCAAAAAAAAGACACAACCUUUUUAACUUCUUGGCAAGUUUUAAAAUGAGUUCCUGGCUUUUAACAAUUGCUUUUAUCUUAAUCACUUCAAUUGCGACAUUGAAAAUACAAAAAUUGUUAAAUAUAAGAAUUAUACAUUUUCAAGGAUAUUUUGCUACAACAAUGCGUGUUUCUGGCAUUAUUCUAAGUCAAUCAGUACAAUUAAAACGAUUACCUACAGCAUUAAAAUUGCUCUUUGGCUCAACAUUCUUUAUGGGUCUUAUGUUUAGUAAUGUUUAUCAAAGCUUUCUUGUUAGCACUCUUACCACACCGAGAAGCUCAUACCAAAUUAGUCAUUUGUUUGAGUUGUACGAUCAUAAAAUGUCUAUAAGAGGAAAUGCCGAACAUGUGCGACACCUGAACAAAGACGGAGAGAUAUUCAAGUACAUACGACAAAAGUUUGAGAUGUGUCUCAAUAUAGAAGAUUGUCUUAAUGAUGCUGUAAAUGAUAUCAAUUUGGCUGUAGCUGUUUCUCGUCAACACUACUUAUAUAAUCCACGCAUACCACGGGAUAGAUUGUAUUGCUUUAAUAGAGAUGAAAAUCUCUAUGUAUAUCUGGUAACAAUGUUAAUGCCAAAAAAGUUUCAUUUAUUGCAUAAAAUUAAUCCCGUCAUACAACAUAUAAUUGAAUCAGGAAUUAUGCAAAAGUGGGAACGAGAUUUAGUUACUGAGCGCAACAAAAAAUAUCACAACGACCCGAAUGAAAAAACUUUCAGAGGUCUAAAUUUAUCUCAAGUGGGUGGAAGUUUUCUUUUUGCCGCUGUUUUACUGCUAUUUGCUUUAGGAGUUUUUUUAUUGGAAGUAUGGGUUUAUUGGAUGGUCCGAAAGAGAAAAACUCGACUGAUCAUUGUCAAAAGAUUGCAUAUAAAACUUAAUUAA